AAAUCUGUAGUCACUUUCCGUCAAAUCCACGGCUCUUCUCCGUUACCGAAUCGCUACCUUACUCCUCCUCUUUCCCUUAUCAAAACAACCCUCAAAAUUCCGCUGCCCUAAAUAUCACUAUUUUUCUUCUUCAAUUUCGUCCAAUCAAAAAUAUACACCUUUUUUCUUCAAUUCGUCUAAUAAACCUUUAAAUUUUAUUAGGGUUUUUAGUCGUUGGGUGAGAUGGCGGUGUUAUUAGAGGAGCUGGUGAAGUCAAUAGAGAUGUGGCUGAAGCUGAUUAAGAAGCCUCAGGAGUACAUUGACCCAACCCUUGACCCGGUUUUAUUAGUUCCGGGUAUCGCCGGGUCGAUCCUCAACGCCAUUGAUAAGAAAACAGGUCGAACCGAGCGGGUUUGGGUCCGAAUCCUUGGUGCUGACCAUGAGUUUUGUGACAAGUUAUGGUGUCGCUUUGACCCUUCUACUGGUAGAACUGCCAAUUUAGACCCUGACACAAGCAUUGAGGUUCCGCAAGACAGAUAUGGACUUUAUGCUAUUGAUACUUUGGACCCUGACAUGGUUAUUGGCUCUGAUUGUGUGUAUUAUUUCCAUGAUAUGAUAGCUGAGAUGCUCAGCUGGGGUUACCAAGAGGGAAAAACUCUCUUUGGGUUUGGCUAUGAUUUCCGGCAAAGUAACAGGCUUCAGGGAACAAUGGAGUGUUUCACUCAAAAGUUAGAAUCUAUACAUACUGCGUCAGGAGGCAAAAAGAUAAACAUCAUAAGUCAUUCUAUGGGUGGUCUUCUUGUUAAAUGUUUCAUGGCUCUCCACAGCGAUAUCUUUGAAAAAUAUGUGAAGAAUUGGAUUGCAAUAGCUGCACCAUUCCAGGGCGCUCCUGGAUAUAUUACCUCGGCAUUAUUGAACGGAACGUCAUUUGUGCAUGGGUGGGAAGAGCGGUUUUUCAUAUCCAAAUGGAGUAUGCAUCAGCUGUUGAUCGAGUGUCCAUCAAUAUAUGAAUUAAUGGGAUGUCCUGAUUUCCAAUGGGAACAUGCGCCAGUUUUAGAAAUUUGGAAGGAGAAAUCUAACAGUAAUGGGGAGUCUAAUGGGGAGUCUACCGUUACACUGGAGUCUUACUCUCCAUUGGAAGCUGUAUCAGUGUAUGAGCUAGCUCUUUCAAAUAACAAGGUUAACUAUAAUGGCGAAAAAAUUUCCUUGCCAUUCAACCAGGAACUUUUGAGCUGGGCUAACAAGACCCGAGAGAUUUUGCGCCAUGCCAAGGUUCCUGAAAAAGUUAAGUUUUACAACAUCUACGGCACCAAUUACAAGACGCCUCACAGUGUCUGUUAUGGAAGUGAGAAUGCACCCAUUUCUGAUCUUCAACAAUUACCAUUUAUCCAGUCUAACUACAUUUCGGUUGAUGGAGAUGGUACAGUUCCUGCAGAAUCUGCGAAGGCUGAUGGGCUUAAUGCAGAAGCUAGGGUUGGAGUCCCUGGGGAUCACAGAGGAAUUAUUUGUGACCGCCAUGUGUUUAGAGUAGUCAAACACUGGUUAAGAGCAGAUCAUGAUCCUUAUUACAAUCCAAUCAACGAUUAUGUUAUCCUACCCACUGCAUUUGACAUCGAAAGGCACCAUGAGAAAGGCUUGGAUGUAAUCUCUCUUAAAGAGGAGUGGGAAAUUGUUUCAGAAGGCCAGGAUGGCGAAGAGAAUGCAGCUAGCGGAAAGCCUAAGGUGGGUUCUCUAUCUGUCUCUCAUGUUGGAGGUGACAAAACUACAUGGGAAGAAGCCCAUGCCACUGUCAUUGUCCACCCUAAGAGUGAAGGUAAGCAGCAUGUCGAGUUAAAUGCGAUGUCUGUCUCUGCAAGUGCUUGAAACUUUUACCACGUCAAAGGUCAAAGGGGCUCUUUUGUUGCGUUUCUAUCUGCCUAUUCUUGAGGCAAUCCCUUCUGUAUAUACCAACUAGUUGUAUUCCCGAACUCUCAAGAAAUGAAAAGCAACAAAAUACUGAACAUAACUAUGUAUAUAUGUGCAUAUUCGAAUAACCAUGUAUGUAUUGUGUAUCAGUCAAAUAAGAGACUUGGUUUCUUGCUUGCUCGCAC